AUGGUACAAGCUUAUAUUCACGACGAUAACAACGACAUAGACUUCAGAGAAGCCCAUAAUAGUGGAAAGUCGGUUAGCAUUGAAGAUUUAGAAAAGAUUGGUGUCUUUUACAAGUAUUGUGCUACCGUGGAAGACGUAGAUGUUAUCGCAAAAGAAAGAAACUAUAAGAAUAGAGAUGUCGUGAAUAUUUCAAAAGAGUCUUUUGGUAAUGAGAAUAAUAUGAUGGAAAAACUCAACAUGUUUUACUCAGAGCAUCUGCACGAGGAUGAAGAAAUAAGAUACUGUUUGGAUGGCAGCGGUUACUUCGACUUGAGAGCUCAAAAUGAUACGGACUGGAUCCGUUGUAGAGUGAACAAAGGUGAUCUGUUAGUGGUCCCAGCUGGAAUCUACCAUAGAUUUACUUUGACUACGGAGAACUAUAUCAAGGCCCUUAGGUUGUUCAAAGAUGAACCAAAAUGGAAUGCAAUAAAAAGGCCUGACGGGGACUCGUAUCAAGUACGUGAAGAAUAUCUAUCGCAGACAAAAGCUUAA